CCGGCAAAUACAACUUCGGCUACAUCGACAGCUCCGCCUACACCGGCAGCAUCACCUACGCCUCCAUCUCCUCCGCCAACGGCUGGUGGCAGUGGACCUCCUCCGGCUACGCCGUCGGCUCUGCCGCCUUCAAGUCGUCGUCGAUCAACGGCAUCGCCGACACCGGCACCACGCUCCUCCUCCUCCCCGACAGCGUCGUCGACGCCUACUACGCCAAGGUCAGCGGCGCGUCGUACAGCAACAGCCAGGCCGGCUACGUUUUCCCUUGCAGCGCCACCCUGCCCAGCUUCACCUUCGGCGUCGGCAGCGCCCGCAUCGUCAUUCCCGGUUCUUACAUCAACUACGCCCCCGUCUCCAGCUCCACCUGCUACGGCGGCAUCCAGUCCAACAGCGACAUCGGCUUCACCAUCUUCGGUGACGUUGCGCUCAAGGCUGCUUUCGUCGUCUUCAACGGCGGCACUAACCAGAUCGGUUGGGCUUCCAAGAGCGUGUAA